CAUGUAAAAUUAUAGUAGUGAUGAAGAAAUAUCAUCUAUUCCAGAAGAUGAAUAUUAAGAUUAUGACAGAUAAGAUUUUGAAGCAAUUUAAUUUGCUGAUAACAAAUAAAAUAUAAGUGAAGCUGAUGAAGAAGAUGAUGAUGAAAAUGAAGAAAAUGAAAUUUAAGAAAAAGAUAAUAAAUUAUAAAAAAAUGGGAUUAAAUUUAAAUUACCUUAAAGAAAUUUAAUUGAAAAUAAGAUAUCUCAAUCUAACUUAAAUUAUCAAAAAGUUUUGACUGAAACUACAAAUUAAUUGAAAAACAUUAGCAAAAUUGAAAAUAGACCAUCCACAUCUAAUUCUACAUCUUAUAAACCUAUAUAUACUACUAGCAUUCAUUAAAGUUAAUAAAUGCAAAAAAAAUAUAAUUACAAAUAAAAAUCAUUUAAUACUUUACCAAAAAGAUCAGAUCCAGUUGCCAGAUAUUAAUAAAUGUCUUAAUAAUGGAAGAAAACUAAGUUUUUAUAAAAUACUAAUGGAAUGAAAGAAGGUAGAAAAUUGAAUUUAGAUACAAGAAUUGAAUAAUAAAAAUAAGAAUUAAAAGAAUCUGGAAUGUUUCAUAGAUACAUUGCAAAAUCGUAAUUAUUUUUGUGA